UUUGAUUUGUUCAGAAAUUGAUCUGACAAAGUCACCAAGAUCAAUAUUUCUUAAGUUGAAUUAUAGUUUUGUAAAUAUAAAUCUAAACUUUGGAGGCCGAACUUAAAUUUAUUUUAUUAAAGUGGAAUUUACCACUGUUAGUUUGGACAAGGAAAAAUAUGGUCUGUCUUAAAUGGUUUUUCUUGAUUGUUUGUGUGAUAUGCCUACCAUAUUCCUGGGCCCUACCAAAUCAAAGGUUUUUAAAUCAAGAUAAACAAAAUCUUCAUCGGCAAGUUGAGCCGCUUCCAAUUGAGAUUGAAAAUGAAGAAGAGUUGGGUCCUUUCGAGAUGGAAGGAGGUUCCAUUUCGACUACCCCACGUACGCCGAUUAUCUUUGAUAUCGAGGAAAAUGGCUUAGACCGGAAACUUCUUGGACUUCCGGGAUGGGAAUACCUCACCGUUAGUCUAGUGGUGGUAGUUGCUACCGUUAUUGGAGGAAGUGUAGCGAUCGUCUGCAAAAAAUGUGGCGGUUUCUUUGGAAAAGGUUCCGAGAAAGACAGUGAUUGAAUACGUUGAUUUGUAUUGAUGCAAUAGAUAUUUUAGUAAUAAGAGCGCAUCAAUAGAUAAACAAACACAAAAUAUAAUCUUGUUUCAAAUUGUUAAAAUUAGAGCUUGUCAGAGAAACUCUCACAUUCUCUAAAAGAUACUGAUAUCUGUAUUUUACAAUAAAAUUAUCAAUAUCA